AUGGCGUUCAAUGUUCCUGAAAGUGUUUCUGUAACUGCUUCUGCAACUGAAAGUGAAGAGAUUCCCUCAAAUGCCAAUGAGGAAGAUGAAACGUCGCCUCCUGCUCUUAUUGAGAGGCCUUCUGAUGUUCCUUCUGAUGUUCCCUCUGCUGAGGCUGAAUUUAGACCUGAAGAUAGUAGUGCCGUCCCUCAAGCAGCAGACAGUGAAAAGCCCGUAGAGGAACGUUCAUGUGUGGAACACGAUAAUGAAGAAAAUGUGGAGAUAAAAGCUGAGAAGUCUUCAGCUGAUCCAAACCCACCAAACACGCCUCUAAGUGUCCCUGAUAGACUUGCAGCCAGUGGUCCUAUAGUGACAUCUCAGGGGCAGAAAGAACAUGAGGCAGAAUGUGAAGAAAUAUCAAAAGGAAUUCUCCAAAGUGUUCCUGCUCCCAGCCCAAGUAGCUCAUGGCAGCCUAUAGACUGUACAAGUGAUGAGCAGCCAUCUCGCGUUUCUAUUAGCCAUUUCCAACUAAGUGCUGUGCUGGGCCAAGGAGGUUUUGGAAAAGUGUAUCUGGGAAAAUACAAAGCAACAGGCAAACUGUUUGCCAUCAAGACCUUAAAAAAGCGAGAAAUGACUUCAUCAAUUAAAUUGAACAGCCAAGAAGCAGCAACUCCUCUGGGACAACAGACACACUAA